AUGGACUCUUUUUCCCUACACUCUCCCAGGUUUGUUAACCUGUUAGCCUCACAGAGCAGUCCACCACUAGACGUAGACUCUGCUGAGGCACCUGUUACCUCUCCCGGGUUAGUUAAACCAGUGGAAAGGAGAAAGUGGUCAACCAAAGAAAACAUUGUGUUGAUCAGUGCUUGGUUGAACACCAGCAAGGAUCCCAUUGUCAGUAAUGAACAGAAGUUAGGAUCCUUUUGGAAGAGAAUAGGGGAGUAUUUCAAUUCGAGUCAUCACCUCGUUGGCUCCCUUCCAAGACACUGGAGUCAAUGUAAGCAUAGGUGGGGAAGGGUGAAUGCGGAGGUCUGCAAGUUUGUGGGAUGCCAUGAAAGUGCGUUGAAGGAGCAAUCGAGUGGCCAAACAGAGAAUGAUGUCAUGAAGGCUGCACAUGACAUCUUCUUCAAUGACUAUAAUGUCAAGUUCACUCUUGAACAUUGCUGGAGGGAACUUCGGUUCGAUCAGAAAUGGAGAUCACGCUCUCAGCCGAAGGAGAAAAGUAAGGAAGGUGGUCCGCAAGUGGUGGCUGGCGAGGAAGAGGUUAGGCCUCCGGGUGUUAAAGCUAGCAAAGCUGCCAAACGCAAGAAGCCAAACGAAGCAGCUUUUGAUCGAAUACAAACCAUCCUAGCUCAGAAAAACACCUUAUCCAAACAAAAGAUCCUAGAUCGCCUCUUAGCCAAAAACAUAGACACACUUUCUGAUCAUGAAGUGGCUCUUAAGAAUAAGCUAAUCUCUGAAAUGCUUUGA